ACUUCAGUGGCUGUUGACCAACUGUAGUCUUCAGUUUGCUAUUUAGUGCCUAGAAGGAAAGUGAUAAUUUCAUACCCAUUGAUUACUUCUUCCUUCCAGGCUCCACUGUAAGGGUGGAGACCUGGACCAGGAAUAUCUUAUUUUUUCUAUAUGGAAACCCUUGAGAUGGAAGACAUGGGAGGACAACAUCAAACCUUGCUGUGCCAAGGCCCCGUGGAACUCACAAGUGGCAAGAAAAGGAAAAAAAGACAUCUAUCCUUAUUUAAUGAUGUUUUGGUUGUGUCUGGUAACCUGAAUAAAAAAUGGUUUAAGAUAAAAUGUAUCAUCCCACUGAAUUUCCUGUGGGUCGUGGAUAAUGUGGCCCCAUUCAGAAAAAAUGAAAUGUGUACUUGCAAGACCCUUUUUCUGUUAUGGCCCAAUGGAAAGUUUUGGGCCACCUUUUGUUCAAAAGAACAGAAAGAUUGGUGGUGCUAUUUUCUCAGAAGAUCUGUUAAUAAAGCCAAGAAGGGUAUCAAGAAAACUUUCUCACUGCAGAUAUUGACUGAAGACAUUCUAACCUGUGACAGUCCUUUAUGUGUAACAGCAACAAAGACCAAUACAGUGAACGAUAUAAUUGACAAGUUACUGCCAAUGAUAAGAAUGCCUAACAGUGAAGAUUACCAACUGUGGUUCUGUCCUGACCAUGAGGAAGCUCCAAGAGCACUCCAAGGCUGCGAGAAUCCUCAUGACAUUAUAAUGGCCAACCUUCAAAAUACCUGCAAUAGAUCGAAGUCAAAAAUAUUCACAGCUUUUCCAGCCUUACCUGGGUUGUUUGUGAAAGACCUAAACUCAGAUGCACAGGGGCAAUUCAUCUUAAAGCCCCGAGACUCAGCUAGAAGCCAGCAGCAAAAUGCAAAGGAAGGACGUGGCAAGAAACAAAGACUGUUUCUGACAUCCUGCUUCCACAGGGGCUCUGUGCCCCAGGAGGAACAAGUGUGCACAGGCCCGACUCUUAAUAGAGGAAAGCUGUUUGGACAAGAUUUAACUUCCCUUUGUGAAAAUGGAAAGUGGCCCACAGCACUUCUGGACAUCCUGUCCCAGAUAAGAGAAAAAGGCCCCACAACACAGGGCAUAUUUAUGACACCCCCGAAUGAAACAUCAUGGAAAUCAUUGAAAGAACAAUUUGAUUCUGGGGAAGAGGUGGAUAUAAAAAAGCACUCAGUGCAUGAAGUGGCCUCAAUAUUGAAGGAGUUUCUUCAAAUGAUCAAAGGAAGUCUGCUGACUUCUAAAUUAUAUGACCAGUGGCUGGCUGUACCUGAAUUGUUCAAUGACAAAGAGAAAUUAACAGCAGUGCAGAGCCUUUUAGAAAAACUCCCAGGACCUAAUGCUGCUCUUCUGGGACAACUUUUUAGAAUCUUGCACAAAAUUGCAAGCAAUUCUUCUGUUAACCAAAUGCCAUUGUACAAUCUUUCGGCUGGGAUAGCACCAUAUAUCUUAUGGCUUCCUAGCUACUGCAAUAAAGUCCUGGAAAAUAAUAUUGCUAAAAAGAUUGCUCUGGUAACAUUUAUGAUUGAAAACUCUCCAAAACUUUUCGGUGAAGACUUGGUUUUAGUUUGGUAUGAAACAUCACUUUUUCAUCCACCAGAAGCAAAGCCCUCAUGUUCCCAGAAUACUCCAUCUAACACUGGGAACAUAAAGGAAACAGAACAUGGACUCAGCAGCUGCCCCAGUGGGAGGACAUGCACCCCUGGCCAUUAUGCUCUACCUAUAGAGGAAAAAGAAUGCAAUGUGUAUACCACCCAACAAGCACCUUCUGAAACUCCUCCAGCACCAGUGAAAAACCAAGUAUUUAAUAAAUUUCCACCCAUUGUUUGCUUAGAAAGAAUGCUGCCUUCUCCGAUGCUUGAUAUGUUAUCUGUAAUUGCAGAAAAGGGACAAGAUUCUGAUCAAAUAUUUAGGUUCUUACCAGAAAAAUCACACUGGCCCCUGAGGGAUAGGAUUUAUACCGAACAGCCAAUUAACUGGAAUGAAGAAUCCGUGCUAACUGUAGCUUCUGUUUUAAUGGAUUUUAUUAGAAAUAUACAAGGAAGCUUGCUUUCUUCAGAUUUAUAUGAAAAUUGGCUCAGUGUACCUGAUGAAAAAUCUCUGCCUAGAAAAAUUUCUGCCAUACAAAGUAUUCUACUGAAGAUGCCACAACCAAACUACUUCCUUCUGAAACAGCUCAUCCAUGUGCUACUAAAAGUUAAAACCUCUACCAGGAAUCACCUAGACACCUUCAUCUUAUCUAUCCGCAUAGCCCCUCACAUGCUUUGGGAUCUGACUUGCAGGAACUCAUUAAGUAGGAAUGACCUCGAAAAAAAGAUGUCUAUUAUACAAAUUACGAUUGACAACUGUGUAGAUAUAUUUGGAGAGGAUAUAUCAUUUGGAAUGAUAAUUAAGCGGUCAGAUGACAUAAAGACUUCAGUAAAUUCUGCUGCAGGGGACAAUGCAACACCUUCAACAUGUAACUUUCCACAACAGAAAGUUCUUCAUGACUGACAAAGUUUCUGGCCAUUCUAUUUCAGUGUUUCCUUCUACCUCUCCCUUAACCAUAGUAGAAGAGAUUAUUACAAGAAACAACUUCAGUUUUAUAUUUAACUAUACUAUCUGUUACAAAUAGUUUCAUUUAUUAUAUUUAUUUAAUGUCAGUUAUUACAUAUUCUAAUCUAUCAUAAUAAAUAAUAUUAAAGUAUGUUAUUGCUUAGACUCCAA